AUGUCGAACCACACGCCGGGACUGGGUGGCCCGCACGGUGUCGAGCAUUUCUCACAGCCGCCAAAUCCGGGACGAAACGUGCGAAUUCAACCAAAUAAACAAAGCACAAUGGGAAAUUCAAAUGAAUCAACAUACACAGACGCUAGACGAGAGCCGCUGCCGUCAGGUACCACCAGAGAUCAUGAAUGGGGCGGCAAAAAAGAGCCGAAAAAGCUGUUGAACACAUAUAUUUACGAUUUUCUGUCGAAAUCUUCACUCACCGAAACUGCCAAGGCCUUUGCACAAGAAGCCGUCAUUGAGGAAAACGGUAAACAGGUCGCACCGAACAUGCCAUUCCAACCUGAAAAUGACGCCCCGCAAGGGUUUCUUUACGAAUGGUGGCAGAUCUUUUGGGAUGUAUUCAAUGCCAGAACCCAUCGAGGUGGUUCCAAACUGGCUCAGCAAUAUUUUCAACUUCAGUUCGACUCAAGACGACAAGAACAUACUUAUAGAAACGUGGCGAUGCAUGCAGCACGGAUGCAGCAGCAGGUCGAACAACGAGGCGAAUACCAGGGCGAAGUUUCAGAUCCCAUAAUGUUCGCAAUGAUGCUUUCUGGUAACGCGUACAACGCGCCUGCUGCUCCACAACGUGAAGUGGGUGGCCGCGGUGGCUACAUGGCUCCUGGACCCGGCGUUCAAAGCCAUUCUGAUAGAAGUCACCUUCAGCACCCUCGUCAGCAAUCCCCAGGAUUUGCUCAUGUUCAAGCACAACAAGCUCAUGCGCAACAGGUACAAGCGCAACAGGCACAUGUGCAACAGGUUCAAGCUCAAGCCCAAGCUCAACAGGCUCAGGCUCAGGCUCAGGCUCAGGCUCAGGCUCAGGCUCAGGCUCAGGCUCAGGCUCAGGCUCAGGCUCAGGCUCAGGCUCAGGUACAACAGAUACAAGCUCAGCAAGCUCAGGCUCAGGCUCAGGCCCGAGCUCGUGUUCAAGCACAGGCCCAAGCUCAGACUCAAGCCCAAGCCCAAGCUCAAGCCCAAAUGCAGCAAGCUCAAAAUUCUCAAAUGCACUCUCGUUUCCAAAACCAAGCUCGCAAUCUGCAAGCGGGACAGGUCCAGAAACAGAGCCCUGUACAGGCUCGCCAAACUGCGCAAGCCCAAAUUAACACACAACAAAUGAGGCAGCGGUAUGCUAUACGGCCACAACAACAGGCUCAACCAUAUUCCAAAUUACAAGGUCAGCUUGAAAUGCAAAACGCGCAACAUCAGCAAGAACAAUCACAGCUUCGACAGAACUUUCAACCUCAAUCGCAUCUACAACAUACGCAAGAAUUGUCACAGUCACAGGCUCAGCAACCACACCAUCAACAAGCCGCGUAUGCUCAGCCGCGCCAAAAACAUUUUCCUGUCCAACAGCAGCAACAAAUGCAUGAACGAACACAGCAAAUUCAAGGACAAAUACAGUCUUAUCCCCAGGAGUUACUAGUAAAUGGCGCCAAUCAUAUGGUAAUGAAUGGUGCCAAUGGACCGGUGUACAUAAACCCGCCAGGAGCACCCUUGAAGUCUAACUAUCCGCCCGGAUACACGCAUCAGCUCAUGGCACCUCAGACACAAGAACAGCAUAUUCAGCGGCAGCAAAUGCAACAGCCGCGUGGUCAACAAGCUGUUGCACCCACUAGCACACAGCAACAGCAACAACAGCGCCAGCAACAAGGGCCACUAGCUGCUCAACAGCAUCAACAGGAUCAGCAUGAACAGCAACGUCAACAGCAACUGAUGCAACAACAGAUGCAACAGCAAUUUUUACAUUCAAAGCAUUCGCAGACAGCUCAAGGUCCGCAUCAAAGUCAGAAAAACCAGUCAUCGAAUCAACAGGCUGCACUGGCUGCACCUUCAUCGGCUCCCCCGAUCUCUAAUACGAUGAUUAGGAAGCCCAAUACAGGAGAGGGCUCGCCCGCUUCUGCCAAUCAACUCAAUCAAGACGCACAUUUUUCAAGCAUGGAGGGUCUGUACAACUAUCAAAAACAGCUUCUUAUGCUGGAGAAGGAAAACGAAAAAGCCAUUUCUAACAGGUCUACAGUUUCUACUCCAGGUUUCACGAUGAAUAAAGCUACACCCGCAGCAGGCUUUGUGGGGGUUUCACCAAUGGCUGUCAACUCAAUGAAUAGCCCAGCAAGCCUGGGACCCAGUACCACGACUAGAGCACGGGACGUUCAGAGGCGCAAAUCGGCCACAGUGCAAAAUGCAAGCCCUUUUGUGGGCAUGGCCAAAAAAAAUGUAUCCGAGCCUGUCACCCCGAUCGGACCUAUGACGCCUGCUAGCAGUAAUUUUGCCAAGCAUGCGCCGCACAGUGCAUUGUCUACUGUUAAUGAGACUCCUCUCGAGGGUUCUGGAGAUCUUUUGAAUGGUAGCAUGAGUAAGAAAAAUGCACAAAAGAGAAUCAAAAAGCCCAAAAAGUUGCAACAGCUAUCGAGUUCUUCUUUGGGAUUGGCGACGAAUCCAUCAUCUCCUCUGCUGGAAAAUGUGAUGGACAGCAAGAAGAGCAAAAUUCCAAUGAGUCGUUCGAAAUCCAAGAAAUCAACUGCUGUAACUAAUAUGAAGAAUGGUUCUCGGGUAAACAAUUCUGCCGGGACGACGCCUCUUGCGACAGACGAUAUACAUCCGGAGAGUGCAAGCAGCAACGAUACUAUCAGUAACAGUGCCGGGGUCUUCCCCAAUUCAGCUGCCACGGAUCCCUCACCACAGAACGAAUUUGAUGCUCUCGGGCAAAAUGAUCCUACUCUUAGCAAUGCAGCUUACAAUUUCGAGGAAGAGGACAUUUUCAGCAUCAGCAGCGAUGUCUUAGACAAGCCCUCUCAGGCAAAGAACGCUUCUUCCAAGCCCAGCUCGACCCAAUCACAGAAUCAGGUACCGGUCGAAGAGCCCUUCAAUUUGGAUUUUUUGGAUCCGAACUCGAACAUGAAUUACACCGAUAUGAAUUUGUUGAACUGGCAGUGA